UCCAGGAAUUUCCAAUUUCUCUUCAUUGCCAGAAUAGAGAAAAGCAGCAUGAGGAGGGAGAACCAGAGCCACGUGUCCGAGUUCCUCCUCCUGGGGCUCCCCAUCUGGCCAGAGCAGCAGGGUGUGUUUUUUGCUCUGUUCCUGGGCAUGUACCUGACCACAGUGCUGGGGAACCUGCUCAUCAUCCUGCUCAUCAGGCUGGACCCUCGCCUCCACACCCCCAUGUACUUCUUCCUCAGCCACCUGGCCCUCACGGAUGUCUCCUUUUCAUCAGUCACUGUCCCUAAGAUGCUGAUGAUCAUGCAGACUCAAGAUCAAUCUAUUCCCUAUGCAGAGUGUAUAACACAGAUAUAUUUUUUCAUAUUUUUUGCUUGCAUUGAUAACCUUCUCCUUGCAGUGAUGGCCUAUGACAGGUAUGUGGCAAUUUGUCACCCUCUACACUAUGCCAUUAUCAUGAAGGAUGAGCUGUGCAUAUGUCUGUUGGCUGUAUCCUGGCUCCUCUCCUGUGCCUAUGCCCUGACCCACACCCUCCUCCUUGCUCAACUGUCCUUCUGUGCUGAUAACAUCAUCCCCCACUUCUUCUGUGACCUUGCUAUCCUGCUUAAGGUGGCCUGCUCAGAUACCACUCUCAAUGAGAUGGUCACAUUCACUGCUGGGGCUAUGAUUCUCAUUUUUCCAUUGAGUGGCAUCCUGGUCUCUUAUGGCCUCAUUGGUGUCUCCAUCCUGAGGGUCCCCUCUACUAAAGGGAUCUGCAAAGCCUUGUCAACCUGUGGCUCCCACCUCUCUGUGGUGUCUCUGUUCUAUGGGACAAUUAUGGCCCUGUACCUUUCCUCCUCAUCAGGCCAGUCCCAGGACAAAGACAUCAUUGCUUCUGUGAUGUACACAGUGGUCACCCCCAUGCUGAACCCUUUCAUCUACAGCCUGAGAAACAGAGACAUGACAUUGGCUCUGGGGAGUCUUUUCAGAAACAAUAACCUUUUUGCCAAGUGAGAAUCACAUAAGCUUGUUCUUAUGUUACUCACUGACCUUGCUAGAAAAGCAUUCAAAAGUUGUGUGUUGGUCGCCCAUGCCUCUAGCACUUUCCCAGCUGUCCUUUAAAUGAUUGUUAUUGGAUCCAUCUCUUUCCCUUUAGUCACGUCUCUUAUCCAUUUAUUCCUCUAUAACCCUAAAUAUGACGUUACCCUCAAUAAACAUUCAACUGUGCUCU